CCUGCUUCUAUUUAAAUCUGUGUGGCCCUCUUCGGAGGGUAUUAUUCAUUUCAAGAAAUCCAUUGAGAAGGUGCUGAGCAUAAGAAGGGGAAAAGCCAGCAUGGCAGCAGACAGCAGCAUGGCUCCCGAAGAAAAGCCGAGCGCUGCUCCUGUGAAAAGGGCUGUCCACAAGAUCCGAAUGGCCAGCCAAGUCUUCAGCUUGGCGCGAGGUUGGCAGCAGUGGGCAUCUGACCACCAUGUAAAGCAAGAGCAAGAGCCCUCUGGAUGGGCCCCUACUGCAGAAGGCUCAUCAGCUCAGCCUGUACAAGAAAGUUCCUUCAAAAAAUGGCAAAUUCCAUCUGUCAAGAGGGACCAAGAAAAAGGUGAUGAAAAAUCCUCAGUGACAAUAAGAGAUGCUGAAAAAAAUUCAAGGGAAUCAGAUGAAGCCCUCAAAAUGUUCAACAUUAAAAGCAAAGAGGUGACCAAAACCGUUGUCAGCAAAGCCUACGAACGAGGAGGUGGUGUCAGCCUCCUCAGUGAAAGAUAUGAGAAUAACAACAGCAGCUCAGAGAUGACCAAGCUCAAAGAAGAAUCAAGUGCUAUUGACAAAAUUCUUAGUGGCAAAUUAUCUCCAACCAUAAGGAGAAAGUGUUCAACUGUGGUAUCAGAUCUGACCAAGGGCUGGGAACAUAUGGAACAAGAGGACAAAGAGGGAUCUAAGAAAGAACUGCUACUUAAGUGUCGUGAUGACAGCCUGGAUGCCCAGGACAGUGGCUAUGGGGAGGCAGAAGAAAAACUUGAGCAGGAAGACAGUGACCGAGAGGUGACGGCUGUGAGGAUUAAACGUCCUGUACCAUCUCUCACAAGCAAACUGAGCGAAGAGGCCCGAGCCAACUCCCGCAGGAAAGACAGCGCCGUUCACAGCCUGAAGGACAAGUGGCAGGAAUGGGCCGACCAGCACAUCAUAACGCAGAAGCUGAACCCCUUCAGCGAGGGAUUUGAUCACGAGCUGGCCAUGUCCACGCGCCUGCACAAAGGAGAUGAAGGAUAUGGCCGUCCAAAGGAAGGAACCAAAACCGCUGAAAGAGCCAAGAGAGCCGAGGCCCAUAUCCAUCGGGAGAUCAGGGACAUGUGCUUCAUCAUCGAAUCAAUGGCUAGGCCACGGCCUGAUGGCAAGAUCCAAGUUACUUUUGGGGAACUCUUUGAGAGAUAUGUUCGUAUUUCAGAUAAGGUUGUUGGAAUUCUGAUGAGAGCCAGGAAACAUGGGCUGGUGGACUUUGAGGGAGAAAUGUUAUGGCAAGGAAGGGAUGAUAAUGUCAUAAUUACUUUAUUAAAAUAAGCAAACCAGAACAAUUUUUGGAAAACUUUUCUCCCCUUCUCCCUUGCUAUUAGCAUUUGCACAUGCCAGAUCAGUAGCUGAAUGACAAUAUAAACUCAGGACAAGUUUUUGAUCUGUGAAAGUGAUCUUGUACAUGCAUUUCCUAAUUAAUUAAUUUAAAUACCUAUAAAAUUAUUUUAUUUGAAUACAGAAUAAGGGUAUCACAUUUGUUUUACAAGCAGGAUAUGCAACUACUACUGCAGUAUUAUCUUGACAACUACUGACACAGAUUUCUCUUACAUAUCACAUACAAAAUCCUUCUUUUUAUAAACGGGGUUUUAUAUACUUAUUGUAUUUAUAUAACUAAUUUAUUAGGUUGUUUCAUAUUUGGAGUUAUGAAUGUUGGAAUGUAAUGAAUAAAAAUGUUUUCACUAGAUAGACACUUAAAAAACGCCUUCUGUGCAACAUUGUGCAAUGUCAUCUGAUUAUCUAUGUUGCUACAGUUCUUAUAAACAGGGGAAAAUAGUAUAACAUAAAAAUCAGUCAGGUACUUGUACUUUUGUGUAUAGCAAAAAAGUGACUAACAUCACUAUCUUCCUCUGAAAUGUACCUCUGUGAGAAAAGAUAAACCAUGUUCAUAACUUUGAGGAAAUGUUGUUUCAUAUUACACAGAAACACUGGCCUAAAUUUACAGAAUUUGCUGUUCCAAUGUCACUGAAAUAAUGUAUUUCAGUCCAGAUGAUGCUGAACAGGAGUAAAUGCUAUUGAAGUCAUACUUCUAGGUCUUAAAAUUGUUUGUAUUAUUCAGAAAUCUGAGACCUCUGUAAGGUCUUUAAUAAUUACUGGAUUAUAGAGAUCACUGUUUACUACUGUAAAAAUAGCUGGUAAAAAUGUGUGUGCUUCACAUGAAAAGCAUGUUUCAGAGCAAGAUGCCUGGGCCAGUAAUUUGCAUAAUGACAAAGAAGUGGUUUUUUCCCCAUAAAAUUCUUUCACACUGAAAGAGCAAAUAUUGUCUUAGAAGUUGUAUGAACAUCUUUUCUCUCUGAUAACCCAAAUAUUGCUGUCAUAUUAGGAGUACAGCACUCCAGUUUGAUACUACAAUGUACAAAUAAAUCAAAUAUUUAAUAA